AUGGGAAUCUGGCGGCAGGUUCCCACACGGAUCCCGGGAGGACGCACCACACUGUCUCCCACACUUCACCCUCUGCUCCUGCCCAUCUGGAGACAGCAUUCCCUCGCUCACCAUGUUGUGGUUCCCCAGCUCGCCAAAGCUCUCAGUUCACCAUCUGUCAGCAGCAGUAACUUCACAGCACCACAAGAAACCACUGCCAACAGCGCCUCCGUGAAGCUGAGUCUGAAAGCGGGUGCCCGGAAGAGCCCUGCAUUGCUUCAGACUGGCAGCGCCGCCAAGAAGCCCAAGAGGAAGGUUAGCGGGGAUGGAGCGGCGAAGGCGGAGCCCAAGCGCCGGAGGCUGUCAGCCAAGCCCGCCCCUCCCAAGGUGGACGCAAAGCCGAAAAAGGCCGCGGGAAAGGAUAAGUCAUUGGACAAAAAAGUGCAAGCAAAAGGGAAGCGGGGAGCAAAGGGCAAACAAGCUGAAGUGGCUGACCAGCAAACCACGGAUCUGCCCGCAGAGAACGGAGAGACCGAAAACCAGAGUCCAGCCUCUGAAGGAGAAGAGAAAGAAGCCAAGUCCGACUAACCAUCCAUCAU